UAUACGGAAAACAACAUCGUCGCAAACCACGGUUAUGAGUCCACAAGUUUUCUAUGGAGAGAAUCGAUGUGAAUCACACGUGGCCGGGUCACCGACGAUGGGAAAACAACAAAACAUUGCAAACUAUGCUAUUUGAUGCAUGUUGUAGUUUCGGCAUAACAUUAACUUAUUUUAUAAUACUGACAGUUCAUAUCACAUGCCGAUUAUUUAUUUAAAAGGAAUACUUUGUUUCUGUACUGACUACUGUUUACCGACAACUUUACAAUUACGGCGCCCUUUGAACUUAUGUGUGCAUAUGGCAUGGAAUCCCGAUCCCGAUUCAGAUAAACUUGUGCUAGACUGGUUCCCUGAGCUACUCAUUACGCACAGGAACCAGGCUAGCUCAUGCGCAGGCUGAAUUUUCCCCAUAGCAUCCGGUUUAACCUCGCUUAUAUAUUUUCUGCGUGGACCUCAGGGUCCACGCAAAAAAUCGAUAGACACCCAGACUUCUGCAGAGUGGAAGCUUUCGUGAUCAUAUUCAGAAUGGUUUUACCGGUGGUGAUUGCGGGAGUACUGUCCACAAUCGGCACCUACAUAGGAUAUCCUACAGUUCUUGGUGCUGUGGGCUUCACUGAGGCGGGUGUGUCAGCUGGAUCCAUUGCGGCUGCUGUGCAGAAAACUUCAAUAGACAGACGUCAUCAAGAUGCGGAGAAUCCUUUAUUAAAUAAAUAUUUAAUUUGUAUAUAUAUUGUCUUACAGAAGACCAGGAAGAAGAUAAACGCCUUAAUAUGUAUUUAUAAUUAAAGCUGAGUACAUAACUCAUGUCUAUAAUAAAUUGUUGCAUUUGUAAUGAGUUUUUAUUAUUAAUUGCUUUAGAAA